AUGACACAGGGUCACGCACAACGUGGUGGCGAUACUCACGUUGUGCGUGACCCUGUGUCAUCCGCUGAUGACCUCGACGUCGCAGGUGACGAGCAGCCGGUGUGGCCACAACCUACUAAUCGAUCUCGGCAUCAGCCAAGCUUGGAUGUCGCAGGCGAAAUCGACGAAGUCGCAUCCCGUGUCUUCGAGCAGUGGCUGCAUUCCAGAAUUGUGGUCGACUGGGUACCACGUGAAUCUGCCAUUCACAGCAGUCACUACAAUGACGUGGCGAUAUCAUCUUCGAUUCACUCUGGUGAGCGUCACCUCCGCAGUCCUAUCCACAGUGGAGCUGGCUGUCUUCGCGAAGCUGAAUAUUCACCCUCACGACGGUUGCUUCACAAACCACACUCACCAAUGACUUGGAAUCCACAAUGCACAAUUCGGCUGAUACUUGAGUGGUCGUGGGUGCGGCAGCUUGAGUGGGUCCUUCAUGACGUGGAGGGAGCGCAGCUGGAAGUUGAGCGCAAGCUGAAGUUCCACAUGCGGAGCUCUCGAAUUCGUGUGGGUGGAUUCUCGCAGACUAGGCCACCACAGAUUCGGCCGCUAGUUGACUAG